CUAGACAGCUUUAUUUCACUUUUAGAAAAUGAGACUUGCAAAAUAAGACAUCAUUCCCAGUAAAUCAAAGUUUCUAAAUGUGCGUCUUAAACUAAAUUACAUGUAGAUCUCACUUCUUGUCUGACUGCAUACCACUGGUGGCCGGCUGAAAUCAAUAAACACCUUUUCAUCAACCCUUUCUAUGGAGGACCCUGCAGAGGGCGCUCUUUUCUAUCCGUACCGCUGGGACGCAAAAUAAUCGAUAUCAACAAGCCUCGGCAUUUCGUGAGGCAGGUUAGUUGGAGUCGGGUCCAAAUUACUUCUUGUAUUCCCAUCUUGCGUGACUUCAAGAAAGUCUUUUUCGGGAAGAAAAUUAAGAUAACGACCAAAUGAGUGCCAAGUCGAAAAGAAGCCCCCGUGGCUCAAACAGUAACUUGACAGAAGCUGACGAAGCUGAAAUGGAUCGCAUCGUCGGACGACCCGACAGUGCCCGCUCCCGUAAGAGCGCAUGGGAUGAAGAUGGAGGCAUGGACAACAUGGGGUUUGACCGACCCUCCUCUGCGCGCAGCUACCGCGAGGAAGAAGAAGUCGGACGUAUUGAAACCACCGAUGAUCUGUUCCCCACCGAUACCAGCAUGGAUGAGAAGAAGAAAGCCGAAGAGGCCGCCCCACCCUCCGGUUGCUGUGGAAAGUUCUUGGGUGGAAUACGAUCAAUGUGGGCUACUAGACAAUUGCAGUUUGAAGAGUCUACAAAAAAUCAGGAACUUUACAUUAAAACCACCCUGAGAGAGCUGAUAGUGUAUAUUCUCUUCUUGGUCAUUCUGAUGGUUUUAACCUUUGGCAUGACCAGCUCCAACAUGUACUACUACACCAAGGUAAUGAGUGAGCUCUUCUUGGACAACAGCUUUAAUUCUAAUGGACAGACCUUUCGAUCAAUUAGCAACCUUGGAGACUACUGGCAGUUCGCUCGUGGCCCUCUCAUGGAUGGACUGUACUGGGAAACAUGGUACAACAACCGCAACGUGUCACAGGAUGAACUCGGCUUUAUUUUCUACGAAAACAAAUUGCUUGGUGUCCCUCGUAUCCGUCAGCUGAAGGUUAAGAAUGGCUCCUGCAAAGUGGAAUCAAACUUUGGACAUGUUAUCGAUGAUUGCUAUGGACCAUAUGCUUCAGGAGAUGAGGACAAGUCAACCUUUGGGAAGGCAAAUGGAACUGCUUGGUCCUACCAAACCUCUGAACAGCUUGAUGGCUCAGGCCAUUAUGGCAUCUUGACCCGCUAUGAAGGUGGUGGCUAUGUCCAGAAGCUGUCCACAACCAAAGCCAAAUCCCUGGCCAUCGUUGAUGACCUGAAGCAAAACCUGUGGUUGACUCGUGGAACCAGGGCAGUUUUCACUGAUUUCACUGUCUACAAUGCCAACAUCAAUUUGUUCUGUGUCAUCAGACUUCUGGUUGAGUAUCCUGCCACUGGUGGUGCCCUGUCCUCCUGGUCAUUCCGUACCAUCAAACUUAUUCGCUACGUGUCAGUGGGAGACUACUUUGUCAUGGCUUGCGAAUGUAUCUUCAUUCUCUUCAUCAUUUACUACAUCAUUGAGGAGGUUUUGGAGAUCAAGAAACACAAAGUGGAGUACUUCAAACACUUCUGGAAUGUAGUUGACAUCCUGGUGCUGGUGAUCUCCUCUGUGUGUAUUGCCUUCAGUAUCUACCGUACCAUUGCUGUGGACACCAUGCUGGAGAAGCUGCUGGAAAACCCUGAGGAAUUCCCUGACUUUGAGUUCCUCAGUUUCUGGCAGAUGCAGUUCAACAGUGCCGUGGCUGUUGCAGUGUUCUUUGCCUGGGUGAAGGUUUUCAAGUACAUCAGCUUCAACAAGACCAUGACCCAACUGUCCUCCACCCUCUCACGGUGUGCUGGUGACUUGGCUGGAUUCUUGGUCAUGUUCUGCAUCAUGUUCUUUGCCUUUGCCCAGCUUGGUGUGCUCGUGUUUGGAGCAGUGAUCAGAGACUUCAGCAACUUCUGGAACGCUGUGUUCACUCUGUUCCGUAUCAUUCUUGGAGACUUUGACUUCAAUUCCCUGCAGGACUUCGACAAAUUCCUUGGCCCCCUCUACUUCUUCUGCUAUGUGUUCUUCGUGUUUCUCAUCCUGUUGAACAUGUUCCUGGCCAUCAUCAAUGACACUUACGCUGAUGUCAAGUCUGACAUAGCUUUGCAGAAGAAUGACUUUGAGAUGACUGACUACUUCAAGAAGGGCUACCAGAAGAUGAUGGACAAGUUGAAUUUCAAGCGUGACAAGAUUGUGGACAUUCAGAAGGCUCUGGCUAGUGCCGACAUGGAUAAUGACAUGGUGGUUGACUUUGAUGAGUGGCGUACUGAGUUGAAGAAGCGUGGUUAUGCUGACACUGAAAUUGAAGCACUGUUCGCGAAGUAUGAUGUAGAUGGUGACCGUACUUUGGAUGAGUCCGAGCAAAAACAGAUGGCAGUUGAACUUGAAGGCCAGAAAGCCAAACUUGAUGAAGAAGAAAAUGAAAUCGAAAAAGACAAAGAAAUGGCACAGGCAGGUCGAAAAAUGGGCGUGACAGUUGAAGAAUUCAGUGUCCUACAGCGCAGAGUAGACAGAAUGGAGCACUCCAUUGGCAGCAUUGUUUCAAAAAUAGAUGCAGUCUUAGUCAAGUUAGAAGCCAUGGAAAAGGCCAAAUUAAAACGAAGAGAAACAAUGGCAAAAAUAUUGGACAGUAUCACAGAGGCUGACGGUCUUGAUGAUGAAGAAAAGCGAGACCAAAUGGAAAGACUAGUGAGGGACGAAUUAGACAAAUGGGACCAAGAUAUAGAGACCAACAGCACAGGUGCCUCCUCGGGCUCGGACAGAUCUCGGACAGCUAGCUCAAGACCACCUUCAUCAGGAUAUGUUGGGUCGGACUUCUAAACAUGAAAAGGAUCGGGUUUACCAAAACAGAAAAGAUUCAAGUCCAGUGUGAAAUCGGCAUAUACGGCAGAUGCCUACCGGUACCAACCAGUUAUUAUUGAGAUUCUGUUUUCGUUCAAUUUCAAUUAAAUAAUCCGUCCGGGGAAACUUCAAGUGUCAAGAACUACCUUUUGCCACGCACUGUCUGAGAGCGUGACCUUCACGACCACCCUUCGUGAUGCGAAAGAAAAAUACGUAAAUGGCAAAAUAUAGCGUUAUUUAUCAAAACUUUUCCUUGACAUGGACUGUUGACAUCUUGAACGUCUUUUCAUCAGAGUAGCCAGAAUGAAAUGCAACAAUGUGCAAUGGUCAAUGUCACUUCAAAACAGCAUCUACUUAAAAAGAAAAGAAGUCUGCAUUGCGCGUGACUGGGAGUGAAGCAGGGUUAAUUAUUUAUUGAGAAAUGAGCGUUUUUCAGCCGGUCUGAAAUGCGUUUAAUUUGCUGGAGAAACGUAACUGUCUGGUCGUGCAUUAUUUAUAAACAAUUACUGUAUCCAUAUUUAUUUGUCUCAUCGAAAAAACAUGAAAUACUCUGCCGAUGUGCAAGUCUUAUGUUGGAUUUGUAUCUAUACUAGUGAUAUAUCUAUUUUUGAGUCGUUAAUAGGCUUCUCGUAUAUAUUUACAAAUGUCUUCAAAGACAUGCUUAUCAAUGUGAGAUAAUGUGAUAUUACUUGUAGGGCAAUUAUUUAAUGAGUGGUGUCUAAAAAUAUUAUUUUGUUCUACACUGCAUUUACUUGUCAGGUUUUAACGUAAGAAAGUGAAUGGUAAAGAUUAGCAGCGCUUCAUAGCGAGUUACUGCAACAGGUUCCUAACUGGUAUGUCUAUAUAUUGAGGUUGAGUUGUAAAUUUCGCAAAAUAAAUGACACUAUUCUUCUGUUCUAAUUCUUACUGUUUCGGUCCUUCGGGUACUUUGUAUAUGAUGCACUUUGCUUUUCCUGUUUUCUGCAGCAAUAAAAGCAAUUUAAAUUAUUUGAAAGAGUU